CUGACUUUGCAAUAUCUGACAUGUUCAUUUAACACCUUAGAUACUUGUCCAUGCCACCUCUAGGCAUAAUGGAAUCCCCCGACCAACGGAGGAUGUCAAAUCGAACACAAUCUCGACACGUAAAUGCAAUCAGACGAAGCACGAAUGCCUGUCAACGAUGUAAGCGGAGGAAGAUAAAAUGUCACUAUAAUAGUGAUAACAGCCAUCACAAAUGUGUCGCGUGUUCGAGGUCGUAUUCAGGUAACCACCAACUUCUUUGGUUUGAAACAUAUCGAUUGCUAACUUUGAAGAAUGUAUAUUUGAUGCCCCUCCUGAUGGCGUGCUAAGGGGACAUGCAUAUGUGGCAACCCUCGAGGCACGAAUCCAACUGCUAGAAAAACAACUUAGUUUAGCAGAAUCUGAGAAAACAGGUUUAACAC